AUGCAGUUCGUUCCCCCCGUGGACGCCGCCCCACUUGCCUCGGCAGCCACGAAGAGUUCGAGAUCGACUCCACCCCUCGCUUCGACCAGUAGGCUCGUGGUGCCUCCCGCUUGCUCCACCUCUCCACAGAGCUCUCCACCUUCGCCUGCCUACCGCAUCGGCGACAGCAACAUCAAGAAGAGGGAACGACCCGGUCUCAGCUCAUCCUCAGCGACGUCCUUGCCCCCUCGCUACGAACGACCCGAGUCACUCGAGAGGCCUAACCCCGCUUCUGCAAGCGAUCAUCCGUCCAACGGCUCACUCGAACCAGACACAGACGGCGAAGAGCAAGAGCAGGACGAUGCCGACGCCAAUACCCACGAUCGAAACAGCAGUCUCGAUAAGAAAAGAUCCGUCCCACCCAAGCCCCGUGGUGGAGCGAGGGCCGGCAUCGCCUGUGUCACCUGCAGGUCAGUCCAGAUGGCUAGCUUGUAUGCAAGAUGUCAUCGCUGACUCUCGAUCCAACACCUCAACAGGAAGAGAAAGAUCCGAUGUUCGGCCGAAUGGCCAAAGUGUGCUUUUUGUUCGAGAAAGAAGCUGGCGUGCGAAUACCACGGUCAUCCCGCAGAAACGGGUGGACCGUUAAUGACCAUCGCACCGGGGUCAGUCUCCAGACCAUCGGCUAGAAACAAUCGUUUCGGCCCCACGUCCUGAACAAAGAUAUACUGACCUUGAGUUGCUCGUCGUUUUCGUAGACCGGCGCCGAUACCCUUGCAAGGUCAGGAUAUUUUGCCGUCCAAAGAGAUUAUGCUCGAGGCUCUGGAGCCUUUCUUUGCGCACUAGUACGUUCAUCCGGGUGUACCGCUCAAGUCUCACCACAAUGGAUGCUGACGCAAAUUCUUUGCGCAAAGUUCAGCUACGACACAUUCUACUUUCUGCAUCGGCCGACCUUGACCGAAGCGAUCAGGCGCGGCAUCGAACCGAAUGCAGACGGGCUCAUGUGCUGCGUCUUGGCGUUCGCUGCUCGGUCAGUCCCGGUUCGCAUGUGUUCAGUAAAAGAGUAUUCCUGUAUUGAAGCCUCCGUCGCAAUGUCAGAUUUUGCGUCACAUUACAAGCGCUCUAUCCUUCGUCGCCCUCGGCCGCAUCGGAACAUUUCUGCUCGUUGGCCUCGCAAAUCUUAUCCCAUCCUCCACCACCUCGGAACGAUCAUGAUGGCACACAUCACGCGACUCGCAAUGCUUCGACAGGAGAUGGGGAGAUCUCCUUGAUUCGGUGUCAGGCGUUCCUUAUGCUCGGAUUAUACGAAUGCACGGAAGGACACGAGAACAAAGGCUGGCUCAAGAUUGGAGCUGCCAUACGUUUGGCCCAAGUAAUGAAACUAGGUGCGUCAAAAGACAUGGCUCGAGCCUUCCCGUCUAUCAGCGAAGCUGACUCUAUGUCGGUCCAUGCAGGUUUCGAGGACGAAGAGGAAGGUGCGUCCUCGCGCGCUAGGUCGGACCCUUUACUCGCCGAAACGCGUCGACGAACGUUCUGGAGUCUGUUCCUGCUCGAUCGAACCGUUUCGGACGGCAAAGAACGACCUUGUUCGCUCAAGGCGCCACUAUCAAUGAUGCUUCGGCUACCAGGCCCGGACCAGGACUUUAUUCUUGGUCGACCGACCGCUGGCGCUCGCUUCGAAGCCGAUCCAAAACCCUGGAGUUUGAGCGUCAAAGCUACUGAACAUGCCGCGAACGAUUCGACAUCCAACAAGGUCGUCGAGGUUGAUUUGUAUGGGAUGACGUUGAGAGUCGCCGAGAUUUGGCAACAGGUUGUCACGUACGUUGGUUCGGGUGGGAGGAACAUUGAUCGAAGACCGCCUUGGAUGCCCGAAUCGACGUUCGCGGACCUGCAACGGAAGUUGUCUGGUUUCGGGGCGCAACUGAGUCCACAAUUGCAAGCGACGAGGGAGAAUUUGCUCGCGUACACGCUGUCGAACCAAGGACGGCUCUUUGGAAUGUUGCACAUCCUCUACUCGACGGCGAGGUUGGUCCUGCAUCGCGACUACCUUCCCUUCCUACCCCCUGUCGACUACCUCGCUUCCUCCGGACCCGCCGAUGGUGAACCCCUCUAUGGGUCCCCCAACGUCGUCGCGCCCGAAGGCUGGUGGUCCUCCUCUUUCGAAGCCGCGAUCAAAGCCUCCCAAACGAUCAUCCAAGUCCAAACUCACCUCUUGACGCACCACCAAACCCUCACGCACCCCUUCGCCGGCUUCGCGGCCUUGACAACGGGUACGAUCAUGCUCCACCUCAAAUAUUGGCCGCAAAAUCGAUCUACCGAGAUUCUGAGCGUUCGAGAAGUGCACGAAACGAUCGAAGCGACGACGACGAUCUUGGCUGCUUUGAAGGACGUGUACCCCGUUGGUGCGCAUUGGUGUGACGGCUUGGCCAAGUUACAAUUACUGUAUUCGAACCAUGUGAGGGGGGUAUUGGCAAUUUCGGAUCCGACCAAGGUUAGGGCCGGAGUGAUCAAGAUGUUGAGGACGGCCAAGGAGGAAGGGACGCAGCCGGAGACGACGGCGGCUACUCCGGGUGGUUCGGGCGGCUCGACGGGGAACAAGGGAAGUUUAUCCAAGGGGAUGACGAACGAGAAGAAGCGCAAGAGGGUCAAGCAGGAUGGUGGGUCGAGUAUCGGAGGUACGAACCCAACGAUGAAAUCUACGAACAACCAAAGCACACCGACUUCGACGACGUCACCUACGACGACCACCUCCUGCACGUCCCCCGACGGAGCCAACGCUUCAGCCUCCACGACCCCUUUGACCACCUCGAAGGAACUCCCUCAUCUUUCGCUGACGAACCCGAACGAUCCGUCCUACUUUGACCCCAACAACGACCUCUUCUCGCAUCUAGACCUGCACUCGCAAUUCGACCUCACCCCACCCGCCAACAUGCACGCAGGUCCUUACCUCCUCCAUCCUCAUCACCCAAAUGGGCUCCAUCCCUCCACCCACGAAGGCCACGCCGAUGACCCGAAUUCAACGACGACGACGAGUCAUGAUUUCUGGUCCCAUCCGGCCACUUUCGGUGGCUGGGGAUUAGGGUGGAAUGGAUUCGGUCUGAUGAGUUCGUUCGAUACUUCGCCUUGGUCGGUUGAUUGGGGUGGGAUAGGCGCGAGUGCGCCACCACCUACCACUGUACCGGCGAGUUUGGAAUCGCCUGGAUCGACUCGUCAGCAGGGUGCGGCGCAGGCUGCUCCACCGCCUCCUUCAGGGGUGGGGGUUGGUUUUGGGUAUUAUUGA